UGGUAAAAUAUGUCAUCGGUGUUAUCUGCUUCUGCCAUUAGAUCACACCAAAAAGUUUUAAUAUUAACAUUAUCCUGUAUUUGAAUAAAAAUGUUAACAUGUGUGAAACAACUAAAUUACGUUGGACGUUACAGAAUUCUUUACAGACUGCUUUUAACCCUCUGGUUAGUAGUUUUAAUGAUAUCUGCUUUCUCGGUGUUAACAUCAAACAUAACAUAUUCAGAUACUAAAGUAGCAGAAAGAUUAGCAAGGGCUUUAAACGAUUUAGAAGCUCUACGCAAACAAAACGAAGAAAUACAUGAAAUAUUUAGAGAUAUAAGCAUAAACAAUUUAAAUGACGAUCAAAAAGAAGCUAUCGAAAAUUUCCAAUCAAGAUUGACUAAAGUUGAACAUCCUUUUGAUAAAGAAAAGAUAGAAAAUAUAACUCCCAAAGAAGAACCUAACACUCAGUAUGAAUUAUUAAGAAGAAGGAUAUUUUCAAAUACAAAAGAAUUGUUUUAUUUCAUUAACUCAGGAUUAUCAGAUAUUCAGAAACAAGCUACUAAGGUUGCACCAGAAAUUCUAGAAUCAAUAAAUUUCUUAAUAAAUAUGGGUAAUGAACAUAAAAAGUCUUUACUACAUGAUAUUGAACAGUUAGCAGAAGUAGAUGGGUAUGCCAAUUGGAGACAAAAAGAAUCUAAUGACUUGAGUACAUUAGUAAUGGACAGAUUUAAGUAUUUACAAAAUCCUGAAAAUUGUGACACUGCUCGGAAAUUAGUAUGUAAUUUAAAUAAAGGUUGUGGGUACGGGUGCCAACUUCAUCAUGUUGUUUAUUGCUUCAUGGUAGCUUAUGGUACGAAAAGAACUUUAAUUUUGAAAUCGAAAGGUUGGCGGUAUCACAAAGCCGGUUGGGAGGAGAUUUUCAAACCUGUAAGUGAUACAUGUUUGAGUCCGAAUGGACAAUCUAUUGCCGGCUGGCCUGGUAAUCCGGAAACACAAGUUAUUAAUCUUCCAAUAAUAGACUCUUUGACCCCAAGACCGCCAUUUUUGCCUCUUGCUAUACCUGAAGAUUUAGCUCCUAGACUGAUAAGGUUGCAUGGCGAUCCUAUUGUUUGGUGGGUGGGACAAAUUUUGAAAUACCUUUUAAGACCUCAAGAAAAGACUUCUAACUUGUUACAAGAAACUAUAGACAAAAUAGGUUUUAAGAGACCUAUAGUGGGUGUACAUAUUCGUAGGACUGAUAAAGUAGGCACGGAAGCUGCUUUUCAUAGAUUAGAGGAAUAUAUGUUGCACGUAGAUCAAUAUUUCGAUUAUCUGGAGACUAAACAAGUGGUUAAUAAGAGGAGAAUAUAUUUAGCGUCGGAUGAUCCUAAAGUUUUUCAAGAAGCUAAAAAGUUGUAUCCUGCCUAUGAGAUUAUUGGUGAUCCGAGUGUGGCGAAAACAGCGGCUGUAUCUACAAGAUACUCGGAUACAUCGCUGUUUGGUAUCAUCAGUGACAUUCAUAUGUUAUCUAUGAGCGAUUACUUAGUGUGCACUUUUUCAUCCCAGGUUUGCAGAGUUGCAUAUGAAAUUAUGCAAAACUUUUAUCCCGAUGCGUCUCAUAGGUAUCGCUCACUGGAUGACAUUUAUUAUUAUGGUGGUCAGAAUGCACACAACAUGAUUGCGGUACUGCCACACGAGCCUAGCAAAAAAGGUGAGAUGACUGUCAAUGCCGGCGAUAUAAUAGGAGUGGCAGGUAAUCACUGGAACGGUUUCAGUAAAGGUAGGAAUCUCCGGACGAAUCAAAUAGCUCUCUAUCCCAGUUUUAAGGUUAAGGAUAAGGUCGAAACGGCCAAAUUUCCAACGUACGCGGAAAUGCAUAAAGGUGAAAAAUUUAAGUAAAAUGAAAAUCUAGGAAAUACGAGGAAUUUUUUGAUGUUUUCGUUAAUGUAUAUUUUUACGCGAUUUUAUUUAUUCCGACAUUUUUUGUCUAUAAUAGUAAGUUUUAAAUAUUUUUAUUUAUUUAUUAGAUCCAGUGAAGCUUUAUUAUAUUUUAUUUACAAAUAUACAAUAUCCCAGUUACAUAGAUAUGUUUAAAUAUGGAAAAAUAGUCCAAGCAAGAAAUUGGUGGCAACAUUUUUUCUUUUUAAUUUCGUUUCUGGGUCAGAAGUAACAUUGAACAGUCAAAAUAAUGGUAUACUAAAUUGAAGAUAAUUAAUUUCUCUAUCAAAAUUGGCGCGAAAAGUGAACAAAAUUAUCAGCUCUUUUCGUAAUCUUAUA